GGCAAAUACAUGAUAUUGUACAUGUUGAAAUCUGGCUUGGAGAUGGAGAACGUACCAUUGGGUCUAGAUGGCACAAAGGAAACGUUCAGAUCUUUGACUCAUACAAGUUUCUCUCAACAUCCUAUGGUGAAAUGAAGUAUCACUUUAAAUCUAUUGAGACAUGGCUUGAUGGUGUCUGUGUAAGCCACUGCAGUGAGCAUAUGUGGGGAUCAAAGCCAGUGCUUCCAGGAAAGAAAUCCAUCUUCUACCUCAAUAAUGAUGACGAGCUUUCAGAGGAAGCAAUGACUGCUGCGGUGAAAGAAACUGUAAAAAAUAAGCAGCUGCAAAAUGAAAGAGACAGUGACAGGAGCGAAAUGGAAAAGAAAAGGAGGACUUUCAGUGAGUCUGAGAAAGGCCAAACUGUUACAGAAGAAAAUGGACUAAAAAACAUUGUAGUGGACAUACAUGCAAAGAACAACACUCUACCUCAGGACUGCGUAAAUCAAACUGAAUCAUCUAAUUAUUGUAAAGAAAAUGAAGGCAGCAAAACAUAUGAGGGGAAUGUAGAUGUCCAAUUAAAUGUAGAAAAAACUAUGAACCCAAAGAGUGAGGCAAAGGGGGCAAAAGCAGAGGAACCUGAGGGUGGCAAUUCUGCCAAGUAUUCUGAGAUUAAGGUAGAUUCUGACAAAAAUGACAAAGAAGUCAAAGCCAGUUUUAAAACAGCUCACAAAACUGCACCAAAAAAGAAAGAAAUGAAGGGGGCAAGGCAAGGUGGAAGACAGCAGCAGGCACAGAAAUUAACAGCCCGGUCACCGGCAGCAUGCUUAUCAGGUGGGCCAGACUCCUCAGAUUCAGAGUCCUCUGAUGACGCCAGAACUGGAGGCAAUAAAAGUACACAAAAAUCAUUUCUAAUGGGCCUAACAAGAGAUUCCUUUGACCCACAUGGCAAUAGAGAGAAGAAAUUUGAAGAUCCAAAAGGAACAGGGCCUUUCUUUUACAUCGGAGGUGGCAAUGGAGCUGCAAUGUAA